AUGGGUAGUAAAAAAAAUAGUAACACUGUUGAUUCCUCAGAAAAUGUUGAGGAAGUUGUUGAUAAUUUAACGAGUGAAAAGAAUAAAGAGAGUUUGAAAAAAGAUAAAAGAAAAAAAAAAGAAAAGAAGAAUAAUGAUGUUGAUGAUAUAAAUGAAGAAGAAGAUGAAGAAGGAAAUGAUGAAGAUACUAUGAAAAAAUUUUCUGUUGAUACUAGUGAAAAUGAAGAUGAUAAGGAAGACGAUGAUGAUGACGAAGAUGAUGAUGAUGAUGAAGAUGAUGAUGAUGAUGAAGAUGAUGAUGAUGAUGAUGAUGAUGAUGACGACGAGGAGGAUGAUGAUGACGAUGAUGAUGACGAUGAUGACGAUGAUGAAGACGAUGAUGAAGAUGAUGAUGAAGAUGAUGAUGAUGAAAAUGAUCAAAAUGAAUAUGCAGGAGAUGAUAAAAAAGAUGAAGAUGGAGAUGCAAAAAAGGGAAGUGAUGAUGAAGGUUUUGACUAA